AUGGCCGACAAACGACAAAGUCUUGCAGCUGCUUGUGAACAGGCUGCUAUUGCUCUCCGUUCAAUUCAAAGUAUAACCAGCGAAGAUGUUCAACGGAUUGCUGCAACUACGUCUAAUACUUCAGAUGCAGAAGCAGAGAAUCUAACGUCUAUCCGUGCUGAAUUGGCGCAAAGGUUUCCAAGCUAUCGCCCAUCGCCAUCAGCAUCUGGAUCUGGAAUUUCUGUUCAAGGCAAACAUAGCGAUUCAAAUAGACAAAACAAGAAAAGAACGUGGACUACUAGAACAACAACCAAAAGAGGAAGACCUAGUACAUCUAAUAUUGUCUAUAGAGAUUUAGUGAUCAUUCCCAAUCCUGAAACGAAAAAGGUCCCAACACAUAAGGCUCGUGUAGCACUUGAAAAAAAUAGACUUAUCGUGUCAGGUUUUCCCUUUGACCGAUCUUGGGAUGCUGCCACCUUAAAAUGCAACAUUGAGCUACAACUACCAAAACGUCAUGUGCUUUUUGAGUAUAUGAAGGCAUGUUAUGGAGAACUUGUCAAACCUAAGUUUGCUAAUGGAUGUUCAAUAAAUGCAGAUGCUUUGCUGAAAGUCUCUGGACAAGGUGCUGUGUAUGUUCGUUUAUUGGAAAAGCAUGCUGUGUUUGAGUUAGAUUGUAGUUCUUCUGACUCUGAUGGUGAAAGCCUUAUUCAAACUACAAUGAAUGUCUAUACAAGUCGUGCUAAUGACAACAAUUAUCAGGAGGAAUUGUCAACACCAGUCACAACACCAACUAUUAAGAGCUCUUCCUCUGAGAAUUAUCAAACACCAUUUGAAGAAUUUUUGGUGAGUGAUGGUGAGUUUGUUGCAUCUGUUGAUAUUCAGUCUGAUACAGCACCACAAGUACUUGCUACUCCUGAAGUCAUUUCUACAUCCAACCUUCCUGUGUCAUAUGCAGCACAAGAAUCGACAGAUGCUAUACAAGAAUCGACAACCAUCACACUUCACAGAUCCAAUCUUAGAAAGGAGCUUAUGUUGAUAUUUCUUGAUGAGGGCAUCUUGAAUAAGUUUGUAGUUGUAAAGAUGGUCAAUGAUCAUGGUAAUGAAGAGAAAGGUGAUGGUGAUGGAGUUUUUCGUGAUGCUCUUUCCCUUUUCUGGCAGGACGCAUACAUUAGCUUGAUGUUAGGAGAAGAUGAAAGAGUUCCGUGCAUACGACAUGAUAUGAACAGAAGCCUUUGGGAAGCUGUUGCUCGCAUUUUCUCAAAGGAUAUCUUCAAGCGAAUUAUUUUCCUGUCCAAAUAUCUCAAAGAGAUGUAUUUGGAAUCCUUUAAAAGGUACAUCUCAAGGGCAGAGGCUGAAGUUAUUGAGAAAGCACUUUCGCAAGGAUUAUCCUUGGAUGAUGAUGAUUUUAAAGAUUUCCUUACAGCCUUCGACUGCAGAAAGGUAGUCAAAGAAGAGAAUCUAUCUGAUAUUUUGAUUGAAUUGGCUCAUAAAGAGCUUGUUCAGAAGCCAAAAUAUGUUGCAGAUUGUUGGGAAACUAUCCUUUCAAAGAUUAAGAUGUUUUUUCCAACAGUUGAUACUUUGGAAAUGCAUUUCUCAAAGUUGAAACCUACAUCAGCAAAGAUUUGUAGAAUGUUUAUUGCAAAUCCAGAAAGCUCAGCAGAAUCAGAAAGUAUGUCGCAUUUGAAGAGAUAUGUUAAAGGAUUAGAUGAUUCUUUGUUACGUAAAUUUCUCAGACUUUGUACUGGUUCUGAUGUUGUCAUUGUUGAAGGUAUUAAAGUCACAUUUACAUCACUCGCUGGAGCAGGGAGAAGGCCUAUUUUUCAUGCAUGUGGCUGUGUAAUUGAACUACCUUCAACGUAUGAAGACUUCUGCGAUUUUAGGCAGGAAUUUACUAACAUCUUGAACCAGGUGGAUAUAGAAAUGGACCUGGUAUAG